UCUAUUUCACUGUAAAUCUCUCUCUGUGAAUCUCAUCUUCAACCUCUCUCUCUCUCUCGUUUUCGAUUCAACAAUGGCUGACAAGAAGAUUAAGAUCGGAAUCAACGGAUUCGGAAGAAUCGGUCGUUUGGUCGCUAGGGUUGUUCUCCAGAGAGACGAUGUUGAGCUCGUCGCCGUCAACGACCCCUUCAUCACUACUGAGUACAUGACCUACAUGUUCAAGUACGACAGUGUUCACGGUCAAUGGAAACACAAUGAACUCAAGAUCAAGGAUGAGAAGACCCUUCUCUUCGGUGAGAAGCCAGUCACUGUUUUCGGCAUCAGGAACCCUGAGGACAUCCCAUGGGCUGAGGCUGGAGCAGACUACGUUGUUGAGUCUACCGGUGUCUUCACUGACAAGGACAAGGCUGCUGCUCACUUGAAGGGUGGUGCCAAGAAGGUUGUCAUCUCUGCCCCCAGCAAAGACGCUCCCAUGUUUGUUGUUGGUGUCAACGAGCACGAAUACAAGUCAGACCUUGACAUUGUCUCCAACGCUAGCUGCACCACUAACUGUCUUGCUCCCCUUGCCAAGGUUAUCAACGACAGGUUUGGAAUUGUUGAGGGUCUUAUGACUACCGUCCACUCAAUCACUGCUACUCAGAAGACUGUUGAUGGUCCAUCAAUGAAGGACUGGAGAGGUGGAAGAGCUGCCUCAUUCAACAUUAUUCCCAGCAGCACUGGAGCUGCCAAGGCUGUGGGAAAGGUGCUUCCAGCCCUUAACGGAAAGUUGACCGGUAUGUCUUUCCGUGUUCCAACCGUUGAUGUCUCAGUUGUUGACCUUACAGUCAGACUCGAGAAAGCUGCUACCUAUGACGACAUCAAAAAGGCUAUCAAGGAGGAAUCUGAAGGCAAACUAAAGGGAAUCCUUGGAUACACCGAAGAUGAUGUUGUCUCAACUGACUUCGUUGGUGACAACAGGUCGAGCAUUUUUGACGCCAAGGCCGGAAUUGCAUUGAGCGACAAGUUUGUGAAAUUGGUGUCAUGGUACGACAACGAAUGGGGUUACAGUUCCCGUGUGGUUGAUUUGAUCGUCCACAUGUCCAAAGCCUAAAUCUAAGAAGCAGAUUUCGAAUGAUGGGGAGUGGAAAGUCAUAUGUUCAUCCCUAAAUUGGUCUGAAUUUGUCGCUUUUUAAAAUAAAAUAUCUUUGAACUUGGAACCUUUUUCUUUUUUCUCGUGUUUUGGUUUUUGCUAGUCUCAUUCAUGCGAGGUGGUGGGAGCUUUGUAGACCGAUGUUUUAAUGAAGUCUUUUAUGUCGCCUUUUGUUUUA